UUAUUAACGAUUUGUCGGAUUAAGACAUCAUAAAUUAUUAAUCCAGCACAUCAUGAAUCUUGUGAUUGUGUCAACUCUACCCAGAUUCUCCAGUUAUAUAAGUAAUACGAAGUACUCCAUAGUUAACAUAGUAGCCAUUAAUUAAAAAAUAAUGGUGCGAUUAUUAAAAACCUCACCUUUCAAUCCAACUAUAUUAGUAAUAUUUACCUAUUUCAUCUUUCAAGAAUUACCAUUUUCUACUGUGUACGGCUACACUAUUCAUGAUUUCCCUCCUAAUUUUGUUUUCGGGGCCGGGUCUUCUGCUUUUCAGAUGGAAGGUGCGGCUUUUGAGGAUGGCCGGACACCGAGCAUCUUAGACACCUAUAACAAUCCUGGUAAUGUUUAUUUUAUGGAGAGAGCGUGUGACCAGUAUCAUAAAUACAAGGAAGAUGUCAAACUGAUGUUGGAUAUGGGAUUACCUGCAUACAAACUUUCUAUCUCAUGGUCAAGACUUAUUCCAAAUGGAAGGGGACCAGUCAAUCCUAAAGCGGUGGAACAUUACAACAAUCUGAUUAAUGAACUCGUCAAUAAUGGAAUUCAACCGCAUGUGGUGUUACUGCAUAUGGACACGCCACAAGCACUAGAAGAUGACUAUGGAUCAUGGCUUGAUCAGCAAAUUGUAAAAGACUUCACAACUUAUGCAGAUGUGUGUUUUAGAGAAUUUGGGGAUCGUGUUUUACAUUGGACUACAUUCAAUGAGCCCAAUAUUGCAUUAUUGACAGGCUAUGAUCAAGGGAUUAUUCCUCCUAAAAGAUGCUCUCCUCCAUUUGGUUCCUGUACCAGAGGCAACUCCACAAUUGAGCCAUAUAUUGCAGUUCACAACACACUGCUGGCACAUGCAACUGUGGUUGAUUUGUAUAGGAAAAAAUAUCAGGAAAAACAACAUGGAUAUAUAGGUAUAAACGUCUUCGCCAAUUGGCUUAUUCCUGAAACAGACACAAAAGAAGAUAUACUUGCAACUCAUAUAAGCAGCAAGUUCCUUGUUGGUUGGAUUUUAGAUCCCUUGGUGUUUGGAGAUUAUCCAGAUAUAAUGAAGGAACGGGCUGGCAGCCAACUUCCCUCCUUCACAAAAUAUCAAUCAAGACUCGUAAAGCAAUCAUUUGACUUCAUUGCAUUGAAUUCCUAUGGUACUUUAGUUGUCAAGGACGAUCCUAGUAUCCUCUUAAUUCAACCAAGAGAUGUUGCAGCAGAUAGUGGAGCUGGAUCUCACUAUGGGGGUCAUAAUGAAGAGGCACUUGAGCACGUACUAGAAUUUUUCAAACAGGAAUAUGGAAAUCCUCCUAUAUAUAUACAUGAAAGUGGAUAUCGGAUGUAUCAUAACUCAUCAUUGUUCGACAAACCAAGAGUUGAAUUCUUAAAUGCCUCAAUCGGAAGUGUACUGAAUGCUGCAAGGAAUGGAUCAAAUGUAAGAGGAUACUUUGUAUGGUCAUUAAUUGACACACUAGAUAUGGCGGGAUUUGAAGACUGGGCCUUUGGGUUGUAUUAUAUGGAUUAUAGAGAUCCAGAUCUAAGAAGAUACCCCAAAUUCUCUGCAUAUUGGUAUACUGCAUUUUUGAAAGGAAGAAGCUUCCCUUAUGAUGGUGAUUUUAUAGAAAAAUUUCGGAACUCAACCAAUGUCUUGGAACCCCUUGAUUACAGUUAGAAAUGGCGUUCAUCCGUGUAUUAUACUUCCGUGGUUCUUGUAUAUGGAGUGAUAGCUGUUUGAAAAUGCUGUUUCUAUAUCUCCUCGUAGAGCGUCAAGUGUGUGUUCAUACACUCUACGACAGUAAUAGUUGUGUUAUUUCAAUUUACUCACACCAUCACUAAUUUUAACAAGUAAUGGUGGUGUAAUAAGAAAAACUUUAUGAACUAUUAUCACUAUUUUAGAAAAUUUGACAACUUUUAUUG